CAAAUACAAACCCUAUCUCUGUCUUUCUCCUCUCUGUUAUAUAUAUUUUUUUUUCAAAAAUUCACCGAAAUCCAAUCAAAUCUGGAGAGAGAGAGAAUUACAAAAUACCAAAUGAAAAAAAUGAAAACCCGAUAGCUUGAGCUCACUGUCUCCCUCUUUCCGUCAAUUGAAAACCCUAGAUUCGAAGUCAUUCCACGCCAUGCAUCGAUGAUUUCUCGCUAAAGAGCUGUACGUAUCGUCGCCUUCGUCGAGCGAGAGGAAAAGGAGGAGGAGGAGGAGAUCGCCAUCUUUAUCGUCAUCCUCAUCGUCAUCGUUGUUGUUUUCGUCAUGUACAGAGAAAGAGGGAUUGGUGGGUCCAAGACGGAGGUAGGACCUGUCGAUCGGAAACGGAUCAACGAUGCUCUUGAUAAGCAUCUCGAGCGAUCCUCUCCAUCUACUUCUAGAGCAAUCAACGGAAAGGAAUUUUCGUCGCAGUCUCUUCUCAUAGGAAAGCAACCGUCUGAUCAUAAAGAUCCCCUCUCUAAAAACAACGCUUCUGAUGUCUCUGAUGCAGAGGAAUCUGAAACGGAUAGUGAAGAGUCAGAUGUUAGUGGUUCCGAUGCAGAUGACACAUCUUGGAUUUCAUGGUUUUGCAAUCUGCGAGGAAAUGAGUUCUUUUGUGAAGUUGAUGAUGAUUACAUACAGGAUGAUUUUAACCUCUGUGGGUUAAGCAGUCAAGUUCCUUAUUAUGAUUAUGCACUUGACUUGAUUUUGGAUGUUGAAUCCUCUCAUGAUAUGUUUACAGAGGAACAACACGAGUUAGUUGAAUCAGCAGCAGAGAUGCUUUAUGGUUUGAUCCAUGCCCGAUAUAUAUUGACCGCCAAAGGAAUGGCUGCUAUGCUGGACAAGUACAAGAACUGUGACUUUGGGAGAUGCCCAAGGGUUUACUGCUGUGGACAACCCUGUCUUCCAGUUGGUCAAUCAGACAUUCCUCGGUCAAGCACUGUAAAAAUAUGUUGCCCCAGAUGUGAGGAUAUAUAUUACCCACGAUCCAAAUACCAAGGUAACAUUGAUGGAGCCUACUUUGGGACAACAUUUCCUCACCUGUUCUUGAUGACACAUGGACACCUGAAGCCACAAAAGCCAUCACAGAGUUAUGUGCCAAGAGUAUUUGGGUUCAAGCUACACAAACCAUGAUAAUGGAAGUCGAAGCUUCUUUGGUUGAGAAUUUGAAAGGUGAAAUUCAUGCAGGAAUGCUGUACAUCUCCUCCCCCCUUCUCAAACAACAUCCAUUCUCAAAAAAACCAUAAAAUAAGGGAAAAGAAAAGGAGAAGAAGCAUUCUCUUAUGUUUCAGGAAAUACCACAGAAUAUGUAAACCUGUUUGGCAAUUAGUCUUUCAAAUUUUUAGUUCCCAAGGUAGGUAGUUUCCUUUUCUUUUAUUUUUUCCAUGUUGCAAAUUUGCAGCUUUCUUUCCUUCCCUUUUUUUUUCUUUUUAUUUUUUAUUUUUAUUGGUGGAGUACUUUUAUGAAUUGCCUAGUGGUUUCUUUGUAUUUACUUCCUUUGAUUAGCAUCAGAGAUACUGACAAUACUGAGAACUUCUUGGUGAAAUUCCAUAAUUUUGUUAUAUUUUGCAUUUGUA